GAGAGGCGGCGGCAGGCGCGCGAUUGUAACUCGAACGCGCUCUCGUCAGUACGCUAUCUUUAUUCUAGCGUGCGCACGUAUUGCUACAGUGUAACCGUUAUAUUGUGGUGUAACGUUGUUGUAACGUUUGUGUAAGAAAAUAUAUAUAACGAUGACCCAGCUUGGAGGAGUGGUGACUCUGGGUGAACUUUUGGACGAGCAUGCCGAAGCGGAGGAAGAGAACGUGAUCUUGGAACGGGUGAAAGUUUUGGCUCAAGAGCAUCUCCCCGAUGGUUGGACGAACUGGGAGGUGACCACGGCAACGAAAGAGGAAGUCUUUGGGGAGAAAGUCGACCCAAAUAUACUAAACAAACUCGUAGUUGCUUUGCCUACCGUAGGGUUAGUUCGUGCCUUUAUACCGGAGGCGGAUCACCUGUCCGAAAAAAGGUAUAGGGAAAUUCGGCACAAGAUACUAGACUGGGCAUUUACACGUGCCCUUAUUAUAGGACCUCCUGCCAUCUCCAACCGCAUCCGCGGAUCUGCGGCGCGCACGGAAUACGUGAAACAGUCGGUUGCUGCGCUUAUGCCUCUUCUCCACACAAGAGCGGAGACAGAUAAAAUACUCUCAGGCUGUCUUUCGGAGACAGAAGAGACCAGUCGAAAGAGGAGGUCGACGUCUCGGGUCAAAGAGCCCGCGACACGUCGACCUAGGCUUGAGUCUCCGCCGUUCUCUACUGGGACGUCACUUCAGGAAGAAAGGUUUUGUGCAUUAGAGCAGAAAAUGGAAAUGCUCCUGGAGAUGGUCACUCAAAGCAGAGGCAGAAACAAAGAUUCGGACUCUGAUUCUGACAAGGAAAACGAUUUUUCCGAUGGCGAGGAAGAAGUAAGUUCGGACGCCUCGGACGCCCCAUCGUGGAAAGCCCCUACCUGGGGCCCAUAUCCAAACGAGCAAGACGAGCGAAACGAAAAGGAGCUUGAGUUUCGACCCACGACUAAAGAAGCAGAUCCUCUUGUUCCGGAGCCGUCGUCGCAAGCCAAAAAGGAAGGCAUUGAAUGUCAAAGACUGGGCACUGAUAGCUGGAAUCGCAUCAGAUACAAGGACGUAGAGAAGCACUUACACGCCGCUUCGCCAUUUAGCCCGCUAAAAGUAAAUACAGAACUGGGUACUUUAGCCUCGCGGCUCUCUCCGUGGGUGACGAGGCAAGAAGGAAUUCUAGGCACAAUCACACACGGAUUGUUGCUCCAGCGCAAGGCGCUAGCAGACGGGCUCAAUGCCAUAAUUAAAAAAUGCCCAGACAUCAGCACGGACUUGAGACGGUUGGUGGAGGCAGAGGACUCUAAGUUCAAAUUAGUGUCAGAUCAACUGCUACAAUAUGUUUGCGCUAAUAGGGCUGAAACCAUUGAGGUUCGUAGAAAACUUUCAGGCCUAAAAUGACGUCCU